AAGCAAUUGUUAUAUGAAUUCCCACAACUGUUGCUUUUCCAUAUUGACUUCUAGUCAGUCAUGAAACGCACAGGGUUGCGAAAGGAUAUCUGCAAUUUUAUAGCCCCUAGCUUUGUUUUCUGUGAGCCAUCGUUUUACUCGUUUAGCUGGAAAUUUAGAUAUAACCAGCAAAUACCCAUUGGAAAAGUUCAACAAUCCAAUAGCUUUGCUUUUGGUUUUGAUUCUCUCAUUGGUUUACUACAGAAAAACAGAAAGAAGAAGAAGAAAAUGGAAUGUUUAGACAUGAACGUGUUGCCAGAGAGCUGUGUUGCUGUGAUUCUGUCCCUCACAUCUCCUGCAGAUGCUUGCAAAUCUUCGUUGGUGUCAUCUACUUUUCAAUCAGCAUCUGAAUCUGAUUCGGUUUGGGAGAGGUUCUUGCCAUCUGAUUACGGGGAAAUUGUCUCCAAGGCCAGUGACAACCUUGAAUUUUCUUCAAAGAAAGAGCUUUAUCUCCUCCUCUGCAAUCCUGUCCUUGUAGCUGAUGGCAAAAUGAGCUUCAAAUUAGAGAGAUCAACAGGAAGAAUAUCCUAUAUUUUAUCUGCAAGGGAGCUUUCCAUAACCUGGAGCAAUGAUCCAAUGUAUUGGGUUUGGAAAUCCAUCCCUGAAUCAAGAUUCGCAGAAGUAGCUGAACUGAAAACGGUCAGCUGGUUGGAAAUCCAUGGCAAGAUCAGAUCUAAAACACUUACUCCAAACACAAGAUAUGGAGCUUAUCUUUUGCUGAAAAUCACUGACCGUGCAUUUGGGCUUGAUUUAAUACCAUCAGAAAUAUCACUAGAAGUUGGCAAUGGAGCAAAAUUCACCAACACAGCUUACCUGCGUAGCCAAGACAGCAAGAAACAGAGAAUGGAGGACCUGUUUUAUGGCAACAGGAAACAAAUGCUGAAAUCAAGGGUGAUCGAAGGAGAAGACCGGGUCCUGAGCGAAAGAGAAGAUGGUUGGAUGGAGAUUGAGCUCGGAGAAUUCUUCAAUGGUGAAGGUGAUAAAGCGGUGAAGAUGAGUUUGAUGGAAGUUAAGGGUCACCAGCUUAAAGGAGGACUGAUAGUUGAAGGUAUCGAGCUAAGGCCCAAAAGUUAAUCCUGGAAAGCGACAAAGAUAUUUUUCUAUUUAGGGUCUCGUCGGAAUGAGAAUUAAGGGUAUUUUUUUUUCUUUUCUUUUCCAAUUCUUUUUCUCUCUUUUUGUGUAUGCCAAUGACAAAGACAGUUGGAUUGAAGAAUAAAUGCAUGUGAAUACAGCUCAAGAAGAAGACAAUUUUCAUUUA